UCACUGUAUCAUUCCGAUUUCUGUACCCACCAAUGAAGACCCGUGAAUAAAUAAACAUUUUACAUUGCCAUUUACUGGUAGAAGUAAGAUAAAAUAGAAAAUGAAUUUCCUUCAAAACUUUGAUCCUGAAACGUCAGCGCGUGAGCGUCGGAAACUAAAUCGUAAAAGCUAUUUUAUGAAUCGCACUAGUAGCACAAAAUAUGCAAGCAAGAAAAUAUACAAUGAACGAGGUCUGCUGAAGGUUUCGGGAAAAGACUUUUGCGACUGCUUAGAUGAAAAAUGUCCUGGUUGCCACUAUCCGUGUGUCCGAUGUAGUUCAAAUAAAUGUGGACUUGAUUGCAGAGUCAAUAGAAAAUGGAUGUAUGACAAAAUUGAAAUAGAAGGAAAUGAUUUUGUCAUCAAGAAUGUGUAUAGACACACUAAUAAAAUAUGAUUUUGCAAUUGUCAAUUCCUUAAUGCAGCAGGUACUGGUAUGUCAUAUUAUGCAAUAUUCACUUUUAAUUGAAUAAAAUGAAAAGGUUUAAAUAGAAAA